CAUAUCCGAUCCAUGGUUCGCCAAAAUUGAAGGUGCUGAGACCAAACUCGCUACAUAGAUGGUUGCACUAGCAAGGUUAGGUGGUCGCACAGCUAGUAACGCCUGAGCGGAGAAGCCUCGAGGCUCGAGUUUCGUUAGGCCAGUUCUGACGUCUGCAAGCAGCGACCUUUUUGUUAGCAACGCUGAACCCGUGUGCAACAAUAACGAUUGGUGGACAUGGCGUCCACUGGCAGUGUGGGCCUGAGCGCCAGGCGACUUUCCCCCUCGCCAAGAGUUCUGCCCACUGCGCCGCCCGGUGUUGCGCCCCAGAGGAGCAGUAAAGCAGGGCGUCGAAAGCAGGAGCAACAAGCUGGCUUCGCGAAGCACAGCUCACAGCCGAGGACUGUCUGUGCCGCGCAGCAGCUUCCCUCGUAUGUUCACCAGCAGGCUGCUUUUGCGCGCCCCCGGCAAACAGUGGUGAUGCACGCGGCGGCACCAGGGGGCGCGGGGGCGGCUGGAGCCGCGGUCCCGCCCGGCCACGUUAAAGUGCAGAUUGUGGUGCCGAAGGGGCAGCUGCCUCCGGGCCAGCAGCUGGUGCUGGUGGGCGGCCACCCGCGGCUGGGCGAGUGGAACCCGCAGGCGGGGCCGCGGCUGUACCUGGCGCCGGCCGGCAACGCGCACCGGACAGAGGUGGUGCUGCCCACAGACACGCCCAUAGCGGCCAAGCUGGUGCUGAUGCAGGACGGGCUGCCCAUCCACUGGGAGACCGGCGGCGACCGCAUGCUGCUGCUGGCGGCGCCGCCCGCCUCCUCAGCCGUGUCGUACGGCUACCUGGUCAUGUGCGACUUCGAGGACACCAACCGCACACACGCCAUGCUGUGGCCGCCGCCGGCGCUGCCGCGGGCCCCGGGCACUACGCUGGUGCAGUGGACGCUGCGCUCCACGGGUCUGCCGCCGCCGCCGCCAGGCAGUCCGGAGCCGGUGCCGGUGCUGACGGGCUCGGCGGCGGAGCUGGGAGCCUGGGAGCCGUCGCAGGGCGUGCCGCUGCGGCGCGACCCCGGCGCCGCCGGCUGCUUCACGGCGCGCGCGGCGCUCCGCAUGGACCGCCAGCCGCUCAAUGCCAAGCUGGUGCUGGUGGCGGCGGGCGCGGGGGCGGCGGGCACCACGGCCGUGUGGGAGCCAGGCGCGGACCGGGUGCUGGGGCACGCCACGAACCCGGCGGCGGGACCCGACCGCAUGCUGCUGUACGUCAUGGACUGGGGCGUGCCCAACUCGGGGCCCAUCGAGUUGGAGCUGCCGCCUCAGGCCCAGCAGCAGCAGCCGCAGCAGCAGCAGGAGGCCGCGCCCGCCGGCUACGACACGGCCGCCGUCGCCGCCGCCCCCGGCAUGCCUGGCGGCCGCUCCGUCAGCCCCACGCGCGGGCCCGCCGGCCUGCCGCCGCCGCCCGCCGUGCCGCCGCCCACGCCCGCCGCCGCCGCCGCGGCGGCGGCGCUGCAGCAGCAGAGCGACCUGGCGGCGGUGCGCAAAAUGGUGGAGAAGGCGGCGCAGCGCGGCAAGCCGCUGCCUCAGGCGCAGUUCACGCCCUCCACCUUCGUGCCGCCCACCUACGCGCCCUCCGGCUCCGCCUCCGCCGGCGGCGCGCCCGAUCCGUCGCUGCCGGCGCCGCAGGCGCCUCCCCAGCAGCAAUCGCAUCCCCAGCAGCCCCCGCAGCCACAGCAGCAGCAGCAGCAGCAGCAGCCUCAGGCGGCGGCUGCCAAGCCGGCGGACGCGAUCCUGAAGGCCUUUGACAGCAUGAUCAGCCAGCAGUCGGGCGCCAGCGUGGACGAGCGCGAGCGCGCCGCCGAGGAGGUGGCGAGAGCCUUUGACGAGGCGCGCGAGGCGCGCCGCAGCCGCUCCAGCUCCCCCACCGCCACCGGCAGCAGCAGCAGCCGCUCCGGCUCGCCGGCAACGGGCCAGCGCUCGGCAAACGACGGCUGGCGUGCCGCCGCCGCCGCCUCCGGCGGCGGCGGCGGCGGGGGGCGCGGGCUGCCGCCGCCGCAGCCGCCGUCGCUAGACAUGAUGGGCGGUGUGGUGGAGGUUCUGGACAGCUUUGACCCGGAUGAGGAGGAGGUGCAUGUCAUGUACGGCAGCGGCCGCGUGUCCAAGCACGGCUCGGGCGCAGGCGGAUCGGCGUCGGAUUCGGAGGGCGGCGAGACGGUGACCAAAGCCAACUGGCGCGAGGCUCUGGCGGCCGCGCACGACGCGGGCAGCGACGGGGAGGAGGCCGCGGUGGCUCGCUCGUCCUCGCCGGCUCGCGCAGGCGCCGGCUGGCCUCGCGCCACCUCGCCAGGCGCACGCGCCACAUCGCCAGGCCGCAGCCAGCCGGUGGCCGCCGCGCUGGCCGCCGAGCACGCGCGCAUGGCCGACCUGGAGCGGCAGCACAUGGAGGCCAUGGAGGCGGCGCGGCAGGCGGCACAGGACGCACAGCGCCAGGUGGAGUCUCAGCUGGCGGCUCGCGCCGCGCUGGAGGCGGAGCGUGUGGCCGAGUAUGAGUCGGCCAUGGCGGCGCUGAAGGCGCAGGUGGAGGCGGCGCAGGCGGAGGCGGCGGCCAACCGGCUGGCGCUGGAGACCAUGGGGCAGCAGCUGGAGGCCAGCCGCGGCCGGGAGCAGGACCUCAGCGGGGAGCUGGGGCUCAUGCAGUCCCGCCUGGCGGAGGCCGCGCGCAGCCACAACUCCAACAGCGACGCCGUGAACGCGCUGGAGAGCGCGCUGCAGGCGGCGCGGUCGCAGUACCAGGGGGCGCUGGCGGAGAUGCAGCGCGCGGACGCUGCUGGCAGCUACUCGCUGCGGCUGCUGGAGCGGCUGGAGGCGGCGUACACGGGGGCGGUGGACCAGUAUGAAGACCUGGAGAAGGAGCUCGUCGCCGCAAAGAACGCGCAGGCCCAGAGCGAGUCCAUGCUGGCAGCCAUGGAGGCGCAGGUGGCGACCAGCAUGAAGCUGGCGGGCAGUGUGCAGGUGUACGAGAAGCAGGUGGCGGUGCUGCAGGAGCAGCUGCAGAUGUCUGCCGAGGCGCACGAGGCGGAGCUGGGCGCGCUGCAGGGGCAGCUGGCCAGUGUGGAGGCACGUGCCAGCCAGACGGAGGACCUGUACGAGAGCAUGCUCAAGGAGAUGAAGAGCGCGCUGGACGACGCCCUGGCCCGGGAGCAGGUGCUGCACCGCGAGCUGAGCUCCAUGCAGUCGCGAGCCGAGGAGUUCCAGCGCCAGGUUGAGAAGGCAGCAGCGGGCAUGGGCGAGAGCACGCGGCAGGAGGAGGCCCUGCGCAAGGAGGUGGCCCGGCUGCGGCGUGUCAUUGAGCAGUACAAGGAGUACCUGGAGGAGCACGACGGCGAGCUGGGCCGCAGCCUGGAGCGCGAGGAGGCGCUGGAUGCGCAGCUCAGCAGCCUGCAGGCGGUGGUGUCGCAGCAGGAGUCGCAGCUGCGCGGUGCGCUGGAGCGGCAGCAGGCGCUCAGCGCGGAGCUGGAGGAGCAGCGCCGCACCGCCGACGAGUACCAGGCCAAGCUGGAGGAGCAGCAGCGGGAGCUGGCCGAGGCGGCGGCCAAGCAGGCGGCCAUGAACGAGCGGGCCGACUCCAUGACGCGCGAGAUGGGCCGGCUGCAGGAGCUGACGGAGAGCUACAAGGCCAAGCUGGAGGCCAGCCAGAGCGAGGUGGAGGCGGCGGCGGCGCGCGAGAAGGCGGCGGUGGCGGCGGCGCGCGCGGCGGGCGAGCGCGAGGGCGACCUGCUGGGGCGUGUGGAGAAGCUUCAAGCCAACAUCGCCAGCUACAAGUCCAAGCUGCAGGAGCAGGAGCGCAGCCUGAGCACGGCGGCGCAGCGCGAGAGCAGUCUGCAGGCGGCGCUGGCGGAGCAGGAGGUGGAGCGCGUGGCGCUGGCGGAGCAGCUGCACGACGCCGUGGAGACCAUCACCAGCCAGAAGCAGGUGCUGGAGAACGCCACCGCGGCGCAGGAGGAGGUGCUGGUCAUGGCGCAGCAGGUGCAGACGCUGCAGGUGGAGCUGAGCGCCGAGCGCAACCGGCACACGGAGGAGAUGCAGCAGGUGCAGAUGGCGCUGGACGAGGCCACCACCGCCAACAAGGAGCGGCUUCAGGUGAUUGGCGGCUCCGGCGGCGGCCUCCCGGGCAGCACCAGUGCCAGUGCCAGUGGCAGUGCCAGUGGCAGCACCAGUGCCAGUGGCACGACGGCGGCGCUGCAGCCGUCAGCCUCCGCCGGCAGCAGCGCGAAGGCGGACAGCGAUGAGCUAUUCGCGGCUGAUGACGCGAUGGCGAGCGGUGGAGAAAUCGACUACGAUCAGGCUGAGUUCGAGAUGCAGAAGGCGGUGCUGAAGGCUGAGUAUGAGGUCAAGGUGACCGCGCUCAAGGAGGCGCUGGCAGUGGUCAAGAAUGCCCUCGCCCCGGGUGCAGUCAAGAGGCCCACCGCCGCCGCCCCAAUGCCGCCCGCCCGGGCGGCUGCGCCCGCACCCGCGCCGCCCGCUGCGGCCAGGCCGGCCCCGCCUCAGGCGGAGCGCCGCGAGCAGCCGCCCAUCCCGGCGCCGCAGCCGCCGCAGCCUCAGGCCCAGCCCCAGGCACAGGUGCAGCCGAAGGCUGAGAAGCCACAGGAGAAGCCCGCCGCUGCGGCUCCGCCCCCGGCUCCGGCUCCGGCCCCAGCCAAGACCAAGCCGGACUGGCGCGAGCAGGCGCAGGCGCCCGUCCAGGCCGCCGCCGCUGCCCCGGUCCAGGCCGCGGCAAAGCCAGCAGAGGCCGCGGCCGCGCCCGCGACGGCUUCAACCAAGCCCGAGGCCCCCAAGCCCGCACCCGCCGCCUCCUCCUCUGCCCCCAGCAGCACCACAAGCGGCGCCGACAGCCGCUCGCCCUCGCCGCGCACCCUCGCCUGGCGCGAGGCGGCGGAGGCGCAGGAGCGCGAGCAGGAGUCCAAGCGCGUGCAGGAGGAGCAGGCGCGCAUCGCCGCGGUGGCGGAGGAGGCCCGGCGCGCGGAGGACGAGUUCCGCAAGAAGCACGCCGACGACGUGCCGGCCGGCGGCCGCGGCAAGACGCUACGCGAGAUCAUCAACAUGACCGCCACGGAGCGCGCGGCGGUGGUGCAGGAGACGGAGUCGCUGCCGCGCGCCGCCUCGCCGGCGCGCAACGCCAGCGAGAACGCACGUAUGCGCGGCUGGCCGGUGCGCAUCGCGGACAUGUGCCCCGAGGACAAGGAGCAGCAGGAGCAGGGCGAGGGCGGCGCCAAGGCGGAGCGGGAGAGCGAGCGGGGGCAGGCGGCGGGCUCCGGCAAGCGGUCGGAGAGCUCGGAGCGAAGCGAGAGGUCGGAGAGCUCGCGCGCCUCGCCGAGCAAGGGCAAGGGCAACCGCUGGGCCAACCUAGCUAAUGGCGAGUCCGCUGGCGCCGCCGCGUCAGCCGCCUCGUCCUCCUCCUCGGCGGCUGCGGCUGCUGAGAAGCCCCAGGAGCGGCAGCGGGGCAGCGGCAGCAACACCAGCAGCAGCAACGGCGCCAGCAGCAAUGGCGCUAGCAGCAGCCGCAACGGGACGCACGCCGCUGGCGAGGACGUGAGGGAGGUCGGCAAGGACGAUGCCGCGGAGGCGGGCCGCAGCGCUAGCGGCCGCCGCAACGCCAGUCCCGUGCGCCGCACCGCUAUCCCGGCCAACUGGCGUGACGCACUGUAAGAUCUGGGGGGCAGCCAGGAACCCGCAGGCGGGGUAAGGGGCGUGUCAAUGCUGGAGAGGGUUGUGCAGGGGCGGGUGAGAGUACUGCAUGGUUGUGGUCGUGUGUCUUGCGGGUGGAGCGCUGCUCGCACGCUCCCGGUGGGGAGUGUGCGGGCGCGCUCCGAAUGAGCGGUGCCGCGUGCCUUGGCAGUUGUGAGCUGAGUUAUUGAGGGCAGUGGAGGCGUCGGCGAUGCCGGCAGCUGCGUCAGUGAUGUAUCGGAGAGGAGUGAGUACGGUAAAGAGCGGGCAUUGUGCGGGGUGAGGUGCCGCGUGUGUUUCCAUCAAGCGCGUGCAAGGGCCGCACGCACACACAGAACCACGCGGGCACCGCAUACCGUGCUGGGCUAGCGCUCGGAGCUGCAUGUUCGAAUCGGAAUAAGAGAGUAUUAAAUGCCCGGGGCUUGGUUGGUGUCAGCUGCCCUCCCCUCGCGUUGCUGAACUUGUUGGCACACAAUGUGCGGGAGUCUCACAGCGAAAGAGCCAUGGUCUUGCCCUACGAUUACGGUACGGUACACUCGCGUUUGUGUUGCUGGAGUGUGUUGGAGUUAGAGCACUGCAGCUGAGAGGGAUAGGAGAGCAGUACGGUGGCAGCGCAGGGAUUAUAUUAUGUGCUUGUUUGGUUUGGCCGCGCACACACACACACCAGGCGCGCCAGCUUGCUGGGCCGGCAGAUCUGCACGCGUCGCCUGGGACGCCCAUGAUUGACUUGCACCUCGGACCCAGGCCGGAAUGCACACGGGCAGUGGAGGCGUUGCAUGCCCUUGCACGCUCGCAGUGAGUACACGGUUUCAAAGUUGGUUGACCCCAGAGAGUCGGACCUGACGUCGGUUUAUUUAGCUCAGGCUGUGGCAGGGUGUUUGGGCCCAGGGAGGUUACGGCCCAGAGUUUUGGCCUAGGACCUUACCGGAAGUGGCCCUGGACGCCGGCAGACACUUUUAAAGAAAUGUGAACUC